GGUCAAUUCAAAGGGAAGAAGGAGCCGGAGCUGCAGAGAGCCGCAGGAAACAGCUCCAACUGCGAGGAUAAAGAGCUCUGGAACUGCAGGGCGUUUCAAUACAAUGAUCCUCACACCAUUGCACCGAAGCUAGCUAACACGGUCUUAGCAACGGGCUACCAAGAUGGACGAGGCUGCGGUGGGACUUAUUGAAGAGGAGAGCGGACAAAACGUGGUCAGUCAAGAUGAUCAUGAAGAAGAUCAAACAUCUGGAAACGAGCAGCCAUCUCCUGAAAACAGCACUGAAAGAGAUGGAGUUUUCUGCUGUCAAAAGUGUGGAGAUGCCUUCAGAGAAGAGGCCACUUACCUAAUGCACCUUCAACAGCAUUCCCAGGAAUCUGACAACACCUGUCAAGACACCCCGUCAACUUAUGAGAAAGAUGCUGAGAUGAACCAUGAGACAACAGUGCAUGAUUUGCAUUCACAAGAUGAUACAGAGAAUAGUGAAGUGAUUCCAAAUGACUUGUCUGAACAGAUGGAUACUGGGAUAAAUCGGCAGCAGCCCUAUCAAUGUGAAGAGUGUGGAAAAUCUUAUGAAGUGUUUGGAUACUUCCUCAACCAUCAGCGAUCUCACAGACAAGCCUCAAAAUCAGUUUUUCACAACUUGGAACAUUUGCAGAAGAAGUCAUUUCAGUGCGAGUUUUGUGGAAGGAGUUAUUCUCGUGCCUCAGCUCUGGACGCUCAUCGUCGGUGUCAUGAGGGAAAGUUGGUGAAGAAAAGCAGGAAUUCACCUGAAUCACUUGGCUCUGACCAUAGAACAGAGGACAAGUCAAUGGAAACUCCCACCAGGACUGUAAACUUGUAUGGGUGCUCGUGUGGUAAAACGUUUGCGACCCUUUUGAGGUUGAAAACCCAUAAACGAUUUAGCCGGAAUGGACGUUGUACACCAGAGGAAUUGUUUGAUAAGCAAAAGAGAAGUGAUGGUUUUCAGUGUACCCAAUGUAAUAAGACAUUUAGUGGUUAUACUGCUCUUGCCAGCCACGUGCGGUGGCAUAAUCCUGACAAUGUUAGCAAAUUUCGCUGUGAAGAAUGUGACAAAACAUUCAAAACUUUAACUUUUUUUCAGCGACAUCAGCGACUUGCACACACUCAAGAGAUUGCAUCAAAAUCAUUUCUACACCAAGUGUGCCAGCUACAAAAAAAAUCAUUUGAAUGUAAAGUGUGUGGGCUUAAGUUUUCCAGGGCUUCGGCUCUACACUCCCAUGAACUAAAUCACAGUGAUGUUUAUAAUGAAACAGUGCUACCUCAAACGAAUACAGAGAUGAAAUUGGAGAGUGAAACCACUAAACAAACUGAGGGCCUUGAUAGUCUGUUCCAAGCCCCUAUUCUUGGAGACGGGAAUGUAAUUGACACUGAAGAUGAGGAGGAGAGCCUUGAACCUGGGGACUUGAUUGUGAAAGUGAUCAGUAGUAGUAGUUCAAGUGAGUCUGAAGAUAAUACGGAGCAAGAUGAAAAUUCUGACUUGGAGCUUGUCUGUGAAUCUGAUUAUGAGGUAAGAGAGGAUGGGGACUUGGCUAUUCACCAGAAAGUGGUGUCAAAACCUAACAUGAAUUUAAAAAUUGUACAGAUUGACUAUGGGGAGCCCGGGCCAGCAACGGAAGACAGACAUGACUGCCCAGAUUGUUACCGAUGGUUCACAAAUCCAGUAUCUCUGCGUGUUCACAGAAUGUGGCACGACGUUCGCAGAAGAAGACAGGUGACUCAAGGUCAGUCAGAAACAAUUGAACCUCUUGAUUUAAGCUCCUGUGAAACCAUAAGCAAGCAUUUUCAGGAAGCAAAAACCAUGAUUUUUCCAAAUACAGCAGACUUUGUUAACUAUGUUGACUUUUCCUCUUCACAAAACAAGGACAGUUUAGAUUCAAAGAGGGAGUACAAUCCCAAGAAAACUCUGUUAGGUCCCAAAAUUUACCAUUGUGAACAGUGUGGGAAGGGAUUCUGGUCUUUAGGGGCCUUUUCUCAUCAUAAGUCAAGUCCCAUGGAAUGCACAGAAUUGAGACUGAGAAAGGGUUUUGGGGGACCAUUUACUAAUGGACACUCCCGCACAAGUUUUAAAGUUGCAUGCCCUGUGUGUGGCAGAAAGUUUCGUCACAAAGGGAUUAUGUCCUUGCAUAUGCGGAAACAUGAAAAUGGAGAUCACAAAUGCGACAUCUGUAACCGGUCUUUUCGUCUCCUUUCUGGCCUUCUCCGCCACCGGGCUGUGCAUAAUAACCAGCUACUACCACCACCAAUCAAGUCUUUUCAGUAUCAGGUUGAGCAGUUGCAAAAGAAUACGUACAGCUGUCCGGACUGUGGAAAGCGUUUCUCGCGAGCUAAGGCCCUACAGUUUCAUAUGAAGAGCCAUGGUUAUGAGAGUGGGUACUCGCCACCUUCUCACAGAUCUGGAGACCCUGUGGAGGACCUCCAGUGCCCGAGCUGCUUUGCUCUUUUUAAUAAAAAGUCCUCCCUACGAGCGCAUAGAAAACUUUGCACUAAGAGAGAGAACAGUACACAGCCAUCAGAUAAAGACUCAGUUGGUGAAAUUCAAAUUGAGAGUAAAUCUAAUAACCAGAAGGAAAACCAUUUAGAAACUGAUAAAACCGAUGAGUUAAAAUACAAAUGUAAAGUGUGCGAGCGAAGCUUCUCAGUGGUUGGAGCAUUAAAUUUUCACAAAAGAAUUCACACAGAUAGCCACAAAGCAUUAGCUAAAGCAAAAGCUUUGGUUAAGAAAUCAAAAGUAGAUGAUUCAAAUAAAGGUAUGUUUAGCUGUACAGACUGUGGACGACGCUUUGUCUCUAACUCAGCCCUUGGCUCUCAUAAAAGGUGGCACAGAAACAAACCAUGUACUACUCCCUCCCCAGACUCAGAGGAGAUGGCCCCAGAUUCUAAGAAGUCAGACUCUGGCCCAUUCAAAUGUGACAAAUGUCAGAAAAAGUUUUUUAACCUUUAUGUGCUUCAGCGCCACCAGUUAGUUAACUCUCAGUGUCAGAUCAAUGAGCAAAAACCAGUUCCUGCUGUAACUGUUGGGAAUAAAAUCCCAGGGGAACCUGACACAUUUUCCUGUACUGAAUGCACCCAAAACUUUCAGACAAGUUCACAACUGGAUGAUCAUAUUAAAAGUGUUCAUUGCAACUCUUUAUUGCAAGAUAAAUUGGGUAGUUCAGGUGACGGUCUGAAAAAACAGAGUAGUGAGUCUAAUUUUCAAACUAUUAAACUGUAUAAACUGCCACGUUGUCCACUUUGCUCCAUGUCAUUUAGAAAUAUCAGAGGCCUUCGGGCUCACAAGUGGCAAGCGCAUUCAGAAGGCAGGAACAAAGGCACUAAGAAAGAGAGUAAUGAAGCACAGGAGCAAGCUGAAUGUGAGAGUUCGGAGGAAACUAGUCCAGUUGAGACAAAAAAUACAAAAAAGGAAAGUACGCUUGUUCAAACCAUUUCAAACGUCAAUAUUGGGAGUGAUCAUGAUUCUCAUAGUGCCACUUUAAAAGUUAAAAAAGACAUUACCCAAGAUAUUAGCAUUAUUUUACCUGAAAAUCCUUCAGAACAUGCAGCCAAAUUCUUCAAGUGUGACAAGUGUGGGAAAGCAUUUUCAGCUAAAGAGCAGUUGGAAAACCACAAAACUAAGGCAAAAAGUCGACCGUUUAGAUGUGCGCUUUGCUGCAGUGGCUUUUGGACAGAGAAUCAGCUGCAGCAGCACUUCAUUUGGCAUGACAAAAUUCGGGGUAGUCUUCCGAAUGAACUUCGCCUUAGAAUCAAUGCCGCUACAGCUAUAGCAGCUAGUGUUUAUUCUGCAGACAGAGCUAUUUCAACUCUUAAUGAUCCAGUGCUGAUUUCUGAUGAUAAAUCACUCCAUGAGUGUCAAAACUGUGGCAAAGGCUUUUUAUCUCCAACGUCACUUGAAAAACAUAAAAGGGAGUAUUGUAACACUGGUUCCUACCACUGCUCCUCUUGCCCAAGCACCUUUAGUGACAUACAGGAUCUCAUAGAGCAUCAUCAGGAGUGUGCUGCUGCUGUUCAGACAGGGGGAGUGUUACUGCACCUGUCUUGAAUGUUGAACUGCCUUUUCUCACAAAAAAAGCACUACAGUGAACACAUGUUUUUUGGACUAUAAAUGCUGAUAAGAACUGAGGACUGUUCUUUCACAUGUAUUUUGUUUGAAAAGUUUAUGUAAAAUGUAAACACUCCUUUAGUGCUUAUGUGUACUUAUCUCCCUCACAUUGGCUAUCUUGUUUUGAACACAACUCAAAAUAGACCCAUUCAUUGUCUGUAUGACAGUAAAAGCUUUUGUUAGAAAAAUUAAUGCAUGUUUGUCAUUUAAUGACUUUGAUUGACCAGAUCGGCCUAAUAUGGUUCUAAGUAAAUGGCAACAUAAACAACAAUAUAACGUUCAGAAUACACAAUUUCUCAUUUUAUUAAAUCACCAAAUCAAGUAAAACGGACAUGUUUUGAUUGCCUUGUAGUUUUAGGGGCCCUCAUUAAUGAUUAAUGAAGACACGCUUUCAAUCAAAUUGCUUUGUUGAAGUUUUUGUUGACAGAUCUUUUUUGUGAUGAAGCUUGUCUUUCUUCAGUGAUACUAGCUUAUGUGACACUUCAGAUUGAUUUGUAUUGUUUUCUUUAGAUGACCAAGAAAAUGUUGUUUCACUUGUAUGACUUCUGAUCUGAGAAAAGGUGCUGUAAAUAGUGUAUCAAUAAAUAGUGCUAUAUAUGCUGAGA